UGACUGGACGAAAAUUUGAUCGAGAUUUGCAAGCGCUCUACCGAGUCUAUGUUGACACUUUCCUUUUUAGAGUAUUUGUAAUUAGAUUCAGAGAUUACUGAUGUAACCUUACCAUGUCCAAUUUCUGAGAUUGAUUGCAUUGUCACCAUGAUGGACCCUUCCCAUGGGUUAGCAACUGUACACAGUUUUAAACAUGAAGAAAGGCAGGAUUACAACUUCAUGUCUGCCUCAGAAGAAACAAAGUACCCAUUUGUAGAACCAUAAAUCCUAGGUUGUAUUCUAAUUGGACUUGAUAAAUAAUUAUAAUGACCACUUGUUCUAAUAGUGAAAUAAACAAGGACACACCUGGUGAAUCGGCUUCUCCAUCUACUAAUUUGUCACCCACCAUCAAAAGCAACUUGCAUGAAGUAAUUGUCGUUAAAAUGAAGAGUUUCACCCCACAGAAUGAUGUCCACCUUAAAAACAUUCCCAAAAUCCAACCAAAAUCAGCAUCUGCUUCAUGUAAAACUUCUGAUGGAAGUACAUCUACAACUUCUGAAAAUCAGAUUUCACUCACAAAUUCAAGUUAUUUGCAAGCAAGUGGACAUUCUGCUUUGCUUAAUAAUUCCAAGGUAAUUAUUUGUACAUUGAAUAAUAGCCUGCCAAAGAUUCCAAGUUCACCUGCAACAAUACUAAGUGAUCCUUUAGAGAGCACAAACAGCCUAGGGGUUCAUUCUACCCUUCCUACAGCUAGUAGGAGCAUGAAAAGCCUUCUAACCAAUAAGUUCACUCAGGCUUGUGUGAACAUGAACAGCCUCAGAAUCCAGCAGGCCUCUCAAACCACUUUGAACACCAACAACCUUGGAAUGCAUCAGUCACCCCAGCCUAGUUUGAACACAGACAGCCACGAGACACAACAGGUGUCCUCUCUGCCUCCUUUGAACACCAACAACCUUGGAGUGCAUCAGUCCAGUCAGCCUAGUGUGAACAUGAACAACCUUGCACAGCUUAAAUUCCCUUUUGUGAUUUAUCCUGUGAACAAUUUAUGUAUGGUACAGGUUCCUAAAAAUAUAGUGCUUUCAUUACCAAACAAGGCAAAGAAUGCUGAAAAUUCUAUGGGAGUAUCUCAAACCAAGGCUACUACACUGUCCAAUGCAAUUCACAUCAACAAUACUGACAAGGUACCAAGUAACAUGCCUAUUCACCAAAAUACUGCUGUUGCUGUCUCCAAACCAAAUGUUAUGAACAAAACAACUGUCAGCAAUCCCAGAGUUCUGAACAAUGGUGUAACUGUUUUAAGUGCUGUUACUCUAAAUCAGCUUAAAAAUGUUCAGAAAACUGUACUUCUGAAGCAAGCUUUAAAUGUCCCUAGAGAUUCAGUGAUACCCAACAGUCAGGAUAUAACCUCAAAUUGUUUUAAGAAAAAAUUAACAACAGACAAUUGCAGGCCCACACAUGACACAGAGUCUCAGAACAAAACAUUACCUGUGAACACUUCAAAAACAGUGGUACCAGCAGAUGUGGAGGUUACAGAGCAAAGCUUUUCAGUCACCCUUCAACCAGUUCAGAAAGGGGAUCCACCAACAGUCCAAAAUUUGGAUCCAUCAACAGAAUUGCAAUGUCAAGUAAAAAUGGAAGAAAGUCCCACUGUUAUCAAUGAACUUGAGUCUUCCAGACUAGUAAGAGGAGAACCACAGGUUGAAAAGGGACUUAAAACAAAAAGGCCAAAGGAAAAUUUAACAGACAAAAGAACUAAUAAAGACAAAAGUAAUGCAGAUAAAAUGGAAGAAAUUGGCUACAAGUUUUAUAAGUGUGGAAUUUGUGAAGAGGCUUUCAGUGAUCCAUUAGUCCUGCAGACACACAUUCGACAACACAAGGGAUUCCAAAGCGAAGUUAUAAAAUGUGGGUAUUGUGAAAAGAUUUUUUCUUGUACAACUGGUGUAUUUGCACAUCUGAAAUGCAUUCAUGGUAUCAGUUGCAAUAAACCAAAAGCUGGUAUGGUUGAGGUUAACUUACCGACGUAUGAAAGGAAUGAAAAAUCUGUGAAAACUAUUCGAGUCAUUCGAACAAAAAUACCAAAAUGCGAGAUGUGUGGUAAAAUCUUUCCCAAUCUAGAGGUGUUUGCACAGCACAAAGAGAGAAGUGACUGUGCUAAAGUAUGGUUUUUUUGUAUCUUUUGUAAGCGACCAGUUCGCAAAGAAACAUUUGAGGAAACACCAUUGCCAAAAGAGAUAAUGUGUAAUAUGUGUCAAAUGAAAUGGAACAAUUUAAAAAAGAACUCAGUUAUAACAGUGGAGCAUAAUAAAGAAGGAGAGGAAAAUCUCUCAGAUGCAGUCCACCCAGAUUUUGUGAAUUUUGGUCCAGAACAGUUCAAGGAGGAGGUAAAAGAGUCCUAUGAUUGUUUGGGAUGUCAGAAAUCUUACAAGCACAAAUCUGCCUAUGAGAGGCACCUGAAACUAAUGCAUAGCACUGUAAAACCACAUAAAUGUGACUUGUGUGAGAAGGCCUUUGUUUUCCCUUCUUCGCUUAGAGGACAUAGACUUUCACACAUGAAAACAAAAACAUUUGCAUGUGAUAAGUGUCCUAAAACAUUCAAAUUAAGAUACGCUCUUAAAAAGCAUAUGUGGAAACAUGAGCCGGGGAGGUUUCCUUGUGAUGUGUGUGGGAAGAUAUUGAAAUGCAAGCAGAGGCUCAGAGAGCAUAAGAGAUUACAUACUGGUGAAAAGCCGUUUCUCUGUGAGAUUUGUGGGAGGAGAUUUUAUAGUAGGAUGGCCAGAGUUCUGCACAUGAAUACGCAUGAUUCCUCUACUAAGAUACUGUGUGAGAUUUGUGGAAAACUUUUUACUGAGCCAUAUUUACGACAUCAUCUGGUAAGGCACAGAAUCCAUGAUGAUUUGAGCUUGGAAACAAGAUCGCGAAUUUCAGACAUACCUUAUGUUUGCGAACAUUGCGGAAAGGGCUUCUGUGAAAGGUUGCGAUAUGAAAAGCACAAAUCGAGCAAACAUAAACAUAAGACCAAUGUCAGUUAUUCAGAAGAGAUCCAUAAGAAAAAGAAAAACCCUGAUGCUCGACCCAGAUGUGGCACUUGUGGAAAAUCUUUCACCAAUAAAUGGACUCUUGAAGCUCAUGUAGCCCUCCAUCGAGGAUUGAUGCGGGUAGCUUGUGAUAAGUGUAAUAUGGUAAUGCAUAAAAAUUCUUUGAGGCGGCACAUGUUAAAAAUGCACAAAACCACAAAAACUAGUCUAUGACUUUUUCAUGAAUGUUAAAAAAUAUUAGUUCAUAAUACAAAUAUUUAUGAGGUUAAUGUGUAAGA